AUGAUGCAACAUGUCUCCCCAGCACCAGCUCUGACAAUGAUGGCCACACAGAGUGUGCCCCCUCCCCCUUACCAAGACAGCCAGCAGAUGACUGCCACAGCGCAACAGCCGGCUAAGGCACAGCCAGUGCACAUCACAACAGCCUCGGCAGCAGCCAACACCCCAGUCCCCAGCACUCCUAUUGACCCUCAGGCGCAGCUGGAGGCUGACAAGCGAGCUGUCUACAGGCAUCCUCUUUUCCCACUCCUGACGCUGCUGUUUGAGAAGUGUGAGCAGGCAACACAGGGCUCCGAGUGCAUCACCUCUGCCAGCUUUGACGUGGACAUUGAGAACUUUGUACACCAGCAGGAGCAGGAACACAAACCAUUCUUCAGUGAUGACCCCGAACUGGACAACCUGAUGGUGAAAGCAAUUCAGGUCCUGAGAAUUCAUCUGCUGGAGCUGGAGAAAGUGAAUGAAUUGUGCAAGGACUUUUGUAACCGUUAUAUCACCUGCCUCAAAACAAAGAUGCACAGCGAUAACCUACUCAGGAAUGAUCUUGGGGGGCCCUACUCCCCAAACCAGCCCUCCAUAAACCUACACCCACAGGAUUUGCUGCAGAAUUCUCCGAACUCGAUGACUGCAGUGGCCAACAACCCCCAGGGAAUUGUGGUCCCAGCAUCAGCGCUGCAGCCGGGGAACAUCUCCAUGACAACGGUCAAUUCACAAGUUGUGUCAGGUGGAGCCCUUUACCAGCCUGUAACUAUGGUAACAUCUCAGGGCCAGGUGGUAACCCAAGCAAUCCCACAAGGAGCCAUACAGAUCCAGAACACACAGGUUAACCUGGACCUGACCUCCCUCCUUGACAAUGAAGAUAAAAAGUCAAAGAACAAACGGGGGGUCCUACCGAAGCACGCUACCAAUAUAAUGCGUUCCUGGCUCUUCCAGCAUCUUAUGCACCCUUACCCAACAGAGGAUGAGAAAAGGCAGAUAGCAGCACAGACAAACCUGACACUUUUGCAAGUCAAUAACUGGUUUAUCAAUGCCCGACGACGCAUUCUGCAGCCCAUGCUUGACGCGAGCAAUCCAGAUCCAGCCCCCAAAGCCAAGAAGAUCAAAUCCCAGCACCGUCCUACUCAAAGAUUCUGGCCCAACUCUAUUGCAGCUGGAGUGCUGCAGCAACAAGGAGUCAAUCCUACUACCAAUCCUGACGGCUCCUUAAUUAUGGACAAUCUGCAGUCCCUGUCUUCCGAUAAUGCUACCAUUGCUAUGCAGCAGGCCAUGAUGGCAGCUCAUGACGAUUCACUUGAUGGAACAGAAGAUGAGGAGGAGGAUGAAAUGGAGGAAGAAGAAGAAGAACUGGAGGAAGAUAACGAUGAGCUCCAGACAACGAAUGUCAAUGACCUUGGCUUGGAGCACAGUGACUCACUGGAGUAG